AUGGAUCAUCAAAGUGCUUCAAUUAGCCUUAAGAAUUUCAAGAGUACUUUGAAGAAACUGACAGGAAGACCAGGCGGUGGGCCAGAUUCUGCUGUGAAUUGCGAUGACUUUUUGGAGUUUGAGACUGUUUUUUUGGAUAACAGGGGGGAUGAACCCAAUAUUCUUCCCGAAAUAAAUCAGUUAGACGAAACCUGUAUAACUGCUGCUUUUGGCAAUAAUUCAGAUGAAAAGUCUCUAACUUGUAUAAUUGAAUAUGACCAUGACAAAACUUUGGAAAUAAAGGAAGAAAUCAUCCAUGAUCAACUGACAGUUCCAGGCCAGCAAAGUGGUAAAAAAAAUAAGUCAAAACUGUGUAUCACAGAUAAAAUAAAUGCUGAGAUUUUGACGGUUGAAAAACUGCGGAACCAAAAGAAGCAUAGAAUGCAGGGGUCAGCAAAUGAACCGGAAAAGGAAUACAAAUGCGAAAAGUGUGCCCGCAGCUACAAAUGGAGAGAAAGUUAUAUUCGUCAUAUAAGAUUCAAAUGCGACGUCAUGCCACAGUUCAAAUGUAAAAUUUGCGGCAAACGAUUUGAACAGAAGUCAAACCUUUGGCGCCAUAUGGAAAGCGUCCAUCAGAAAUCAGACUUACAGAUAUCGCAAACGAGGCAUAAAUGCGACCAAUGUCCUCGAAGUUAUAGUUACAUACGUGGUUUAAAUCAACAUAAACGUUUAGAGCACGCAGAAGUUAAACCAGAAUUUACUUGCAAUAUUUGUGAUUACAAAACUAAACGCAAAGAUUACUUGUCAAAUCAUAUCUUUACACACCAUAUCAAUAAAUAAUAAUUAUCACAUACACGAACCUUUAAAUUUCUUUAAGAAAUAUAGUAAUUGUAAUAAUAGUAAUUGAGUAAAUUCUUUUUUUUUUUUGUUACAUAUUAGUCUACUUCGAAAUGUAUCGUUGUCUCGAAGUUCGGGAUGAGUAGUUCAUCCCCGUUGUUAACACCUCCAAUUUUUUAGAAUUAUUAGACCCAACCAAAUUACUUAUGGCGAAUAUCAACAAUGAAUUGAUUUUCUUAAUUGUAAAAUUUUUUUCUUCUACAAUUUUAUGUGAAAUUGAGGUAUAAGAAUGUAAAGAUGGAUGAUCAUUUUCACUUGGAUUUAGUAUUAAGUGUUACUAGUUAAUAAUCAACUGAAAAACUGGGGGUUAUCGGCGAUACACAGGUUAUCCGUUAUCGGCAAAUGACGCAGUCUUUUAUCCAAAACGAGCCGUUGUGUUAUCUAUUAUGAUAAAAACUAUAUUCAAAGAAAAAGUAUGAAGAACGACCCUAGAGGCAUGCUACAUUUGUCUACGAAUAAAUUUUAUUCUAUAUACAGAUAUGGAAGUUUUUUAAAAUAAGGCUGUAAUAUUUAUUAAAAAUUCUAAAUCUGAUGAGAGGUUUGCAAAAUGUAUAAACUGUAUGAUGAAAAUAGUUAAUGCCGAUUCCUAUGACUUUCUGUAAAAAAACUGCAGUAUUAGUCUUUGGAAUUAUAUUAAGGCCAUGUGACGAGUGAGUCACGUUACUAGAUUCCCACCAUAUCGACACUUUCUUUAUUUCCCGACUUAUUUUCACACGAAGCCCUACAUCAAGUUGAAGAUUUGGGAUAUUAAGUACGAAGCACGAAGGAAGGUGUGUCUGAUCAUGAAUUCUAAUAAUUAUGAAAAAAGUAUAAAAAAAUUAUUUACAAAAAAAACUUUUUAAAUAAUUAUACAAAUUUAAGACCAGACCCACCUUUCUUCGUGUUUUUCAUUUAUUAUCACAAAUGUUCAACUCGAUCUGGCGCUUUGUGUGAAAAUAAAUUUGGAAAUACAAAAAGUGUCGGUAAGGUAGGAAUUUCAUCACGCAACCCACUCAUUACAUGGCAUUAAGGGCAUGUAAUACAAAACACAAAAAUGAAAAUUUUUAAAAAAUGAAUUCGGAGAUGCUAUAAAAUAUUAUAACGGACGUCCCCGGACUCUU